AAAACGAAUUCAUUCUGUGUUUUUGGUAGUGAUAGUGAUCAAAUGGGUCAUUGACUAAAAGGGAAUGGCAGAGCAUUUUGUAUGUAUAAUAAUAAUGUAUGUAAUAUAAUGUUUGCUUUUCCUCCAUCUAGGCCUGAACUCAGGUCACGUGCAUCUGCCAAUUUUGCAUUGCAUUCAUUCACUGCAAUGCGAAGCCUUCAGAGUCCUCAAUUUGGUUUGGCCUAUAUCUGGUUAAAUUGGGGGAGAAAAUCAGCUCUACAUUAUGGAAAUUAAAUUUUUUUUUCUUCACAGUUUUAAAAUAUCUUUCAGCUAGCCAACACAUCUAGAAAAGACAAGCUAUUUGGACAGUAUAACAAUACUAACAAAGAUUAACUCUUGAUUUCCUCAUUUCUGUCCUCUUCCCCAGCUGUAUUUGUAUACAGUAAAUACAGAUUUGUCCUCGUUUCACUGUCUCGAUGUCAUUUUGUCCCUGAAUAACUAACCAGCGACUCCUACCUGGGACACACCUGAGCCACUAUACUUCAACAUUUUGCCACCCACUGCGCAUGCUCAGCUCGAUCGGGAGAGAACACUGUCAUGGCGGAGACGGGCUGUUGCGGGAGGUGAAUGAGGAAGAGAUGACGCUGUAACUGGGUUAUUACUGAGACCUGUCGCAAACGUAUUAGUUUCCCCGGGGAAACUAACAGGACUCUUGUCCUCUGACCGGCGGGGAAAGGGCUGUCCUCAGACUUGCCUUACAUUUGGAAGUUUCGUUACAGCCACGCUCCUAUUACCUGCCUGAGACUCUUGCAGGCUGUCGCCGCCGAAGAAAUGUAAGUCGCAGUUUCCUGUUCACAAUUUUGACAGAGCGACUGAAUUGCUGUUAACCAAUGCUCUUAACCUAUAGUUGUGCCGGCCGCCGGUGUUUGGAAACGACCAUUUCUAUGCUGCGUCUGCUGGUGCAGUUUUUCGACACAGGCUGUCAUCAAGUUUCAACUAGACAGUGAAGAGACUGGACUUCGCCGGAAUCGCUGUGUCAACUCCAAUGUUGCGGUGUCUUUGACUUGAAUUCUGCCUUGAAGCUUUAAGAGUAACCUUGUAGACUGCGAUACAGGCUAUUUGUGAUAUACAGAGGUGUUUUGGAUGGAGAGGCAAACACUUUGCUUUGCUUCAAGGGUGCUUGCUUAACCAGGGAGAAGGAGCAUAUCCAAGUGUUUUUCCAUCGACUCUCCUGUGUGACCGCCUACAGGUUGAACAGGUGCCUUACCUGUUACUGCCACCUGCCCCUCUUUAGAAAUGGCAAGCGAGGAGACACCGUCUGCUUCACAAACUGGUGACACCGGCAAGGACGAGAGAGUGGCAACAAUGUCGCUCAAUCCUGGAAUUCCUAUCAGGGGAAUACGGAUGAAAUUUGCUGUCCUUGCGGGCCUGGUGGACGUUGGGGAAGUUUCGAACCGGGACAUUGUGGAAACCGUCUUCAAUCUGCUGGUGGGAGGUCCCUUUGACCUGGAGAUGAACUUCAUCAUCCAGGAGGCCCCGAGCAUUGGCUGCAUGGUGGAGCUGCUGGACAAGUGUGACCCUACGUGCCAAGCAGAGGUGUGGAGCAUCUUCACCGCCAUUUUGAAGAAGAGUGUGCGUAACCUGCAGGCCUGCACUGAAGUGGCCCUCAUCCAGCAGGUCCUGGACCGCGUGGACAAAACUGAUAGCAUGAUUGCAGAUCUGAUGGUGGAUAUGCUGGGUGUUCUGGCCAGCUACAGCAUCACGGUGAAGGAACUCAAACUGUACUUCAGCAAACUGCAAGGAGCAAAAGGCCAAUGGCCCCCCCAUGCUGUGAAGCUGCUGUCUGUGCUGAAGUCCAUGGCUCACAGAAAUGGCCCAGACUCCUUCUUCAGCUUUCCAGGAAAGAGUGCUGCGGCCAUUGCCCUGCCCCCCAUAGCAAAAUGGCCUUACCAGAAUGGUUUCACCUUCCACACAUGGAUACGUGUGGACCCUCUCAACAACAUCAAUGUGGACAAAGACAAGCCUUACCUCUACUGCUUUCGGACCAACAAAGGCCUAGGCUACUCUGCACACUUCGUGGGCGGCUGUCUUAUCAUCACCUCAUUAAAGUCCAAAGGGAAGGGCUUCCAGCACUGCGUCAAAUAUGACUUCAAGCCCCAGAAGUGGUACAUGGUGACGAUCGUCCACGUCUACAACCGCUGGAAGAACAGUGAAAUCAGCUGUUAUGUCAACGGGGAACUGGCUUCCUAUGGAGAGAUCACCUGGUUUGUCAACACCAGUGAUACCUUUGAUAAGUGUUUCCUGGGCUCCUCUGAGACGGCGGAUGCCAACCGCGUGUUCUGUGGUCAGAUGGGGGCCGUGUAUCUCUUCAGCGAGGCCCUGAGUGCUGCCCAGAUCCUGGCCAUCUACCAGCUGGGCCCCGGCUACAAGGGCACCUUCAAGUUCAAGGCUGAGAGCGAUCUGUUGUUUGCGGAGCAUCAUAAGAUGCUGCUGUAUGACGGCAAGCUGUCAUCCAGCAUCGCCCUCACCUACAACCCCCGCGCGACCGACGCUCAGCUCUGUCUGGAGUCCUCGCCCAAAGACAACGCCUCCAUCUUCGUCCACUCACCCCACGCCCUCAUGCUGCAGGAUGUGAAGGCAGUGGUCACGCACUCUGUGCAGAGUGCCAUCCACUCCAUAGGGGGUGUGCAGGUGCUCUUCCCCCUGUUUGCACAGCUGGACUUCCUCCAGCCGACCAGCGAUGAGCCCAGUUCAUCUAUCUGUUGCACCCUGUUGUCAUUUGUAAUGGAGCUGCUGAAGAACUCUGUGGCUAUGCAAGAGCAGGUGCUGGCCUGUAAGGGCUUCCUGGUGAUUGGCUACACUCUGGAGAAGUCUUCCAAAGUUCAUGUGACUCGACCGGUUUUGGACAUACUGCUGGCCUUUGCACGUUACCUUAGCAACCUGCAGAAUGGUGUCCCACUGCUGAAACAGCUGUGUGACCACAUCCUGUUCAACCCUACUAUAUGGAUCCACGCUCCUGCCAAGGUACAGCUGAUGCUCUACACUUACCUGGCAACAGAGUUCAUCAGUACUGUGACCAUCUAUAAUGCCAUUCGGCGAGUGGGCACCGUGCUGCAGGUGAUGCACACACUCAAGUACUUCUACUGGGUGGUGAAUCCCCAGGACCGCAGCGGGGUCACACCCAAAGGCCUGGAUGGCCCCAGACCCACUCAGAAGGAGAUCCACUCUCUAAGAGCAUUCCUGCUACUGUUUGUCAAGCAGCUAAUCAUGAAGGAUUAUGGGGUAAAGGAGGAUGAACUCCAAAGUAUUCUGAACUAUCUUCUCACCAUGCAUGAGGAUGACAAUCUGAUGGAUGUGCUGCAGCUUCUAGUAGCUCUGAUGUCAGAGCAUCCUAGCUCUAUGGUCCAGGCAUUCGACCAGCGCAAUGGAAUACGAGUCAUUUACAAGCUCCUGGCAUCGAAGAGUGAAGGCAUCCGUGUGCAGACGCUCAAAGUCAUGGGCUACUUCCUGAAGCAUCUGCCACCAAAGAGGAAGUCGGAGGUGAUGCUCAGCCAUGGGCUCUUCUCCCUGCUCACAGAGAGGCUCAUGCUCCACUCCAACCAGUUCAGCAUCACCACCUACAAUGUGCUUUUUGAGAUUUUGACUGAGCAGAUCUGUACCCAAGUGAUCCACAAACAGCAUCCAGACCCGGACUCCUCUGUGAAGAUCCAGAAUCCUCAGAUCUUGAAGGUGAUUGCGGCUCUGCUGAAAACCUCGUCCACUGGCCCAGAGAGCAUGGAGGUGCGCCGCAUCUUCCUGUCUGACAUGAUCAAGCUGUUCAACAACAGCAGAGAAAACAGAAGGAGCCUGCUGCAGUGCUCGGUGUGGCAGGACUGGAUGUUGUCUCUCUGCUACAUUAACCCGAAGAACAGUGAGGAACAAAAAAUCACUGAGAUGGUGUACGCCAUUUUCCGGAUCCUUCUCUAUCACGCCAUUAAGUACGAGUGGGGAGGCUGGAGGGUGUGGGUGGAUACACUGUCCAUCACUCAUUCAAAGGUCACCUUUGAGCAACACAAGGACAACCUGGCCCAAAUGUUCCAGGAGUACCAGAGACUUGGCUCUGAUGGUGGUUCUGAGACCGGAAUCCGGACAGUAUCUGGGGCCAGUCGUGAGUCUGAGCUUCUGAGCCAUUCAAAUGGGGAACUGGAUCCCCUGGAGCAAGAGGAGAUUGCUCCGUCCACAGUGAUCGAGCUCUGUGUGGAUGAGCCUCCCCCUUCUCUCCCCACUCCUGCUAAGAAUAUGGGAAGAGAUGGAGAAAAAGCUAAGAAUAAGGGGGGAGAAGGAGAAAAAGAUGAAGACAGAAGUCUUGCAUCUGUUGCUGUGUCAAACAUCUUGCUUCGAGCUGAAGAAGAAGAGAAGCAGGAGGAGGAGGAGCACAGAGCUCAACAGCAGGACAAUCAAGCUAGUGCAAAACAAGCAAGAGAGGAAGAACGUCAGGGUGAAGCAGAGGCACCAGAUGAGCAAGUCAAUGAAAAUAACACAGGGACAUCUGCCAAUCAUGUACCUGCUGCUAUGGAGGAGGAAUGCAGAGAUGGCGAGACUGAACCAAAAGAGGAGCAUGAGACUGGACCAGAAGAAAGAGCUGAGAGUGGAGAUGGAAAGAAAGCUGAAGAGGUUGGAAUAGAAAGGGAAACGGCUGAAGCCUUUGAGGGCAGUACUGAAGAAACAAAGGUAGAAGGAACAAACGAUGUGAAACAGACUGAAGGCGAAGGGGAUGUUCAGAAGGAGCCUGGGGUUGCUGAAGAGAACAGGAGCCAAAAUGAAGACCCUGAUUCAAGAGAGACUGAUAAGGACACAACAAUUGGUCUGUUGAGGGAAGACUCCGCAGAGCAGGGAAACUCUGAAGUUUCCAACUACCACGAGACGAGUACAGCUGGUGCAUCAGGCUUCAGUGAAGACUUGGAAGAUGUCUCUUCUGUCAGCGAUGCGCUCAAGGCAAGUGAUGAUGAGUCAUCUUUUGUUUCUGCCAGUGCUAACGCAGGGGAUGAUGAUGGGGAUAGGGAUGAUGAGAAUGAGGAUGAAGUACAGAAUAAGGCAACAGAGUCUGACACCAGACCACCAGGUGCACAAGCAGAGGGUGUCUCUACCAAUGAAAAUGAAGAAAUGAAAGAAAGCAAUGAGAGGUCUAUAGACCAGGAACGAGUGGACAAGGAGGCUCAGCCAACCACUGUGAAUACUGAGGGCCCCAACACAACGCCUGUGACUUCAGAAGGGCCCAGUGAAGAGCCAUUGGAACCAGAGGGGCCCACUACAGGACCAGUGGCAUCUGAAGGUCCUAGUACAGAACCAGGGACAUCAGAGGGUCCUGGUGCAGAAUCAGAACUAGUAAAAUCAGAAGGAUCCACUGCAGAACCAGUGACAUCAGAAGGACCCACUGCAGAACCAGUGACAUCAGAAAGACCCACUGCAGAACCAGUGACAUCAGAAGGGCCCAAUGCAGAACCAGUGACAUCAGAAGGGCCCACUGCAGAACCAGUGACAUCAGAAGGGCCCACUGCAGAACCAGUGACAUCAGAAAGACCCACUGCAGAACCAGUGACAUCAGAAGGGCCCAAUGCAGAACCAGUGACAUCAGAAGGGCCCACUGCAGAACCAGUGACAUCAGAAGGGCUUAUUGGGGAGAAAGACCAGACAUCUACAGCGAGCACCGGGGAGGGAAGCAGUGGUGAUGCACAGAAACCAGCUGCAGAGCCUGUGAAGGAGCAAGCAGAUAGCACUGCUGCCAAGACCAAAGAAAUCAAAAUCGCUCGUCUGGAUGUGUCAAGUGUAGCUACAGACACAGAGAGACUGGAACUGAAGGAGACUACUACAUCGGAGGCGAGUCAGGCCCCGGCGGCUGCAUCGGGUCCUGCCCCAACGAGUAGAGACAGCGCAUCAUCCUCGGCCCGUUCCACCAUGUUCCGUAUCCCAGAAUACAAAUGGUCCCACAUGCACCAGAGACUUCUGACUGACCUGCUCUUCUCCAUAGAGACAGAUGUGCAGAUGUGGCGGAGCCACUCCACCAAGACAGUGAUGGACUUUGUCAACAGCAGUGAAAAUGUGGUGUUUGUACACAACACGGUGCACCUCAUCUCCCAGGUGCUGGACAACCUCAUUAUGGCCUGCGGUGGGAUCCUGCCUCUGCUCUCCGCUGCCACCUCUUCCUCGCAUGAGCUGGAGAACAUCGAGCCGUCUCAGGGGCUGGCGGUGGAGGCCUCCGUCACCUUCCUGCAGCGGCUGAUCAGCCUGGUGGACGUGCUCAUCUUCGCCAGCUCCCUCAGCUUCACAGAGAUCGAGGCUGAGAAGAACAUGUCCUCCGGCGGCAUCCUCAGACAGUGCCUUCGACUCGUGUGUGCCAUGGCCGUGCGGAACUGUCUGGAGUGUCAGCAGCACGGUCAGCCUGUCUCGGACAGCGGCCGCACUCACAAACCCACGCAAGGCCUCUCGGGAGCCGCCAGAUCUAUGCCUGCUCAGAGUCCAGUGGAUAUGGUGACUGGAGGGAUGUCUCCUGUCAGAGACAUCGACCGACUCCUGCAGGACAUGGACAUAAACCGCCUGCGAGCGGUGGUUUUCAGAGACAUUGAGGACAGUAAGCAGGCCCAGUUUUUGGCGUUGGCUGUAGUUUACUUCAUCUCGGUGCUAAUGGUGUCUAAAUACCGGGACAUUUUGGAGCCUCAAAAUGACAAAAGACCUGUCCAGCACAGCCAGUCCACCAGGAGCACAGAGAGCAUCUCUUCUGGUCUGGACCUGGAGAGCAAUGUGUCGCUCCGCCGGCGGGACUCGGGCAUAGGGGAUGAGCAAGCCUCCGUGACCCCCAGCAGCUCGCAGGGUCCCGACGCCGUCUCAGAGGCUCUGUCCACGCUGUCCCUGGAGGUCAGGAAAGGUCAGGAGGGAGCUGGCGAGCGCGAGGCCAAGGGCAAGAACGUGAAGGACAUCCUGCGCAGCCUGGUGAGCGCGCCUGCUGAUGAGAUGAUGGUGGACCCCAGCCUACUGCCUCCAGCCUUCCUCGGGGCUAUGGGAGGAGAUGGCGUCCGGGACCAGGGUUUCAAGUUCCACUCCUUUGACAGGAGUGUUGUAGUAGCACCUAAGAAGGUGGGAGGAGCUCCAUCUCCAGCCAGUGUCUCAACUGCUGUGUCCAACCUAUCAGCCUCUGCAGCAGGUGGGGCCCCUGUCAACGAUGUGGCCGUGGUGUCCAGCAGUGACACUACCCAGAGUGCUUCAGCGGAGUCUGCCACAGCAGUAGCUGAUCCUGGAAGCGCCAACCUGCCAUCUGUCCCUGCGCUGUCCCCAGCCAGCCAACACACCACCCCUAGCAUGAGUAUAUCUGAGAGACUUGAGAAUGCUUUGGAGAAAGCUGCACCGUUGCUGCGGGAGAUCUUUGUGGACUUUGCCCCGUUCCUGUCUCGCACGCUGCUAGGCAGCCAUGGGCAGGAGCUGCUCAUAGAGGGCACAAGUUUGGUGUGUAUGAAGUCUAGCAGUUCUGUCGUGGAGCUGGUGAUGCUACUGUGUUCACAGGAGUGGCAGAACUCGAUCCAGAAGAAUGCGGGCCUGGCUUUUAUUGAGCUUGUCAACGAGGGCAGGUUACUAAGCCAUACUAUGAAGGACCACCUGGUUCGUGUGGCCAACGAGGCUGAGUUCAUCCUGAGCAGACAGAGAGCAGAAGACAUCCACAAACACGCUGAGUUUGAGUCAAACUGUGCCCAGUAUGCCGCUGAGAAGCGUGAUGAGGAGAAGAUGUGUGACCACCUUAUCCGAGCCGCCAAAUACCGCGACCACGUCACCGCCACCCAGCUGAUCCAGAAGAUCGUCAACAUUCUCACCGACAAACACGGAGCCUGGGGAAGCUCCUCAGCCAGCCGGCCUCGGGACUUCUGGCGCCUUGACUACUGGGAAGAUGACCUGAGGAGAAGAAGGCGCUUCAUCAGGAACCCCUAUGGCUCCACACACUCUGAGGCCACGCUCAAGGCUGCAGCCGAGCACGUGGCUGGCAGGGCCGCUCCUGAAGAAGACGUCCUCAAAGGCAAACAGUCCAUCAGAAGUCAGGCGCUGGGUAAUCAAAACUCGGAGAGCGAGAUACUGCUGGAUGGUGAUGAUGACACGCUGUCAUCUUUGGAGGAGAAGGAGUUGGAGAACCUCACAGGCCCUGUGAACCUGAGCACCGGGGCUCAGCUGGUCGCGCCAGCCGUUGUGGUGAAGGGAACCCUGUCCAUCACUGCCUCGGAAGUGUACUUUGAGGUGGAUGAGGAAGAGCCGAGCUUUAAGAAAAUCGAUCCCAAGAUUCUGGCCUACACCGAGGGGCUUCAUGGAAAAUGGCUGUUCACCGAGAUCCGGGCCAUAUUCUCCCGCCGCUACCUCCUGCAGAACACGUCGCUGGAGAUCUUCAUGGCCAACAGGACGGCGGUUAUGUUCAACUUCCCCGACGUGGCCACCGUGAAGAAGGUGGUGCAUUGUCUUCCCCGUGUGGGAGUGGGCACGAACUUUGGCCUCCCACAGACCAGGCGGAUCUCUUUAGCGAGUCCUAAGCAGCUGUAUAAGGCCUCCAGCAUGACUCAACGAUGGCAACGCAGGGAGAUCUCCAACUUUGAGUACCUCAUGUUCCUCAACACUAUCUCUGGUCGCACGUUUAAUGACCUGAACCAGUACCCUGUGUUCCCCUGGGUCAUCACAAACUACGAGUCUGAGGAGCUGGACCUCACGCUGCCUAGCAACUUCAGAGAUCUGUCCAAGCCAAUCGGAGCCCUAAACCCAAAGAGAGCAGCCUUUUUCUCUGACCGCUAUGAAUCAUGGGAGGACGAGCAGAUUCCGAAGUUUCACUACGGCACCCAUUACUCCACCUCCAGCUUCACACAGAUGUGGCUGCUGCGCAUCGAGCCAUUCACAACGUUUUUCCUCAACUUCCAAGGAGGGAAGUUUGACCACGCAGACCGCACGUUCUCCUCAGUGUCCAGGGCCUGGAGGAACUGCCAGAGAGACACCUCUGACGUCAAGGAGUUGGUCCCAGAAUUUUAUUAUCUCCCAGAGAUGUUUGUCAACUCCAAUAACUACAACCUGGGUGUGAUGGAUGAAGGGUCUGCAGUAUCAGACGUGGAGCUGCCACCGUGGGCCAAGGACCCAGAGGAGUUUGUGCGCAUCAACCGACUGGCUCUGGAGAGUGAGUUUGUGUCCUGCCAGCUGCACCACUGGAUCGAUCUCAUCUUCGGCUACAAGCAGCAGGGCCCUGAGGCUGUGCGGGCGCUCAACGUCUUCUACUACCUGACCUACGAGGGAGCGGUCAACCUCAGCUCCAUCAGUGACCCCAUGCUCAGAGAGGCGGUUGAAUCUCAGAUCAGGAGCUUUGGACAGACACCCUACCAGCUGCUUAUAGAGCCACACCCACCAAGGAGCUCGGCCAUGCAGGUGUAUCUCCUCCUGCAGACGCCGCUGAUGUUCACAGAGCAGAUGCAGCAGGACGUCAUCAUGGUGCUCAAGUUCCCCUCCAACUCCCCCGUCUGCCAUGUGGCGGCCAACACCCAGCCCGGCCUGGCCAACCCCUCCAUCAUCACCGUCACUGCCAACCGCCUCUUCUCCGUCAACAAGUGGCACGGUCUCACGGGUCAUCAAGGUUCUUCUGUUCAAGAUCAGCAAUACCAGCUGCCGGUGGAGAUCGACCCGCUGAUAGCCAGUAACAUGGGGAUUCACCGCAGGCAGAUCUCUGACCUGCUGGACCAGAGCAUACAGGUGCACUCCCAGUGCUUCACGGUCACCGCUGACAACCGCUUCAUCCUGCUCUGCGGUUUCUGGGACAAGAGCUUCCGCGUCUACUCCACUGACUCAGGGAAACUUUCUCAGAUCGUGUUUGGCCAUCGGGACGUGGUGACGUGUCUGGCGCGCUCCGAGUCGUACAUCGGCGGCGACUGCUACGUGCUGUCUGGCUCCAGGGACGCCACCCUGCUGCUCUGGUACUGGAAUGGCAAACACAACAGCAUCGGAGAAAACCCCGGAAAAGAGUUUGUGACGCCCCGGGCCAUCCUGACGGGACAUGACUGCGAGGUGACGUGUGCGAGUGUGUGUGCAGAGCUGGGCCUGGUCAUCAGUGGCUGUGCAGAGGGCCCGUGCCUGAUCCACUCCAUGAACGGGGACCUGCUCCGCACCCUGGGCGGCCUGGAGGGCUGUGUGCGGCCCCGGCUGGUGCAGGCCUCCACCGAGGGCCACUGUGUGGUCUACUACGACAAGGGCCACCUCUGCCUCUUCAGCGUCAACGGCAAACUACUGGCCCACAGGCACCUGGAGGAGAAUGUGAAGGCCAUGAUGCUGAGUAAGGAUGGCCAGUACCUCCUGAGUGGGGGAGAUGCAGGAGUCCUGAGCGUGUGGCAGGUGCACGACAUGAAGCAGCUCUUCACCUACCCAGGAUGUGACGCAGGCAUCCGCUCCAUGGCCAUGUCCCAUGACCAGAGGUGCAUUAUAACAGGCAUGGCGUCUGGCAGCAUCGUACUGUUCUAUAACGACUUCAACAGGUGGCACCAUGAGUACCAGACUCGUUACUGAGGGACCAGCACUCCAUAGGACAAACAUCCACUGGGCCGGUGCAGUGAUUCACCAUGGCAACAGCACUGGCCACUGAAACCACAAUCCUGCCAUGGCUCUCAGAGGCACUAUUCUGAAUACAUAUUGAAAUUCUGAAUGUAUCUCUCAAAAGAAGUUUGAAAAGCAAACUAUUUUUAAAAGGGCAUUGCUAUAUUUUGUAGAUCUUAUGAUGUUUCGUAUAAUAUUAAAUCUUAGGGGCGGGGUUAUAUACCUAUCAUUGAAAUAAAUCUAUUUUUAGCUGUAAACGUCUAUUUUCACCUCUGCCCACCAAACAUAAAGGGCUGGAGUGGUCAAUAGCUAGAUGACUAUAUUUGCAUCUGUAGUCCAUAUAUAGAUUCCAUAUAUUUGUGUACUUUUUGGGGUGAGUGAUUUUUUCAGUUGCUGUGUCUUUCGGGGGAUGUAUUUCUUUCUGGCUUUGUUUUGCUGCUGUAGGGAUGUGGUUUUAAGGAGACUGACUGACUGACUGACUGACUGAAGUGAUUCAGAUGGAGCUCUAAGUGUAGUGGAACUGCAUACUCAUCUCUGAAUAGAGCAUACUCUCUUCUCUACUGUCUGCCUAAUUGCUGGCAUAUCUUUCCUUGCUGCACAAACUGUAUUUUGCAAUACUUCAAAUAUUGUUUUAUUUAAGAGACAGGGGGGUGGGGGUGGGGGGGCAGGUUGCGCUUGAAGCAUGUCAGUGUAGGACCUGUCAGAGCGAGAGGGCCUUUAAUGAGAUUGUGUAGUGUGUGUGUAGUCGUGUUUGUGUACUAGGUGAGGUGGGGUGGCAGUGGGACGAGGUUGUGACGUGGUAAUCAUGGCUCUGACAGCAGGAGGGUCAUUCUUAGUCACUCUCUCAUUUCCGCUCGAAAAGUCGGUGUCAUAGCUCACAGCCUCUCACACACCCGAACUUCCAUGCAAUAAGUGGUGUGCAUACUCCUCUCUCUUUGUGGUGAUAGCACAGGGGUGAGAUUUAUCCCUUCAUCCCAUGUCUUGCACAGAUCUUAUCCAUGGACCAACAUUCCUCGGUUUUAUUGGACAGAUGUGUGAUUAACGAUGACUGACAAAAAGAACUGCUGUUUUACUGUCACACAACUCUACGGCAGUCCAUUUCCAAUGAGUGUCUUUUUGAUUUGUGUGAUGAGUCAAAACAAUAAAAUGGAGUUUUGUAUCAGAA